AUGUCAACUACUCACGAUUCCCCACCACCCAUUCCGCCAAAGCCUAAUAAUACACCAGACAGGGGUUCGAAAGUUGGUAAUGUUACCAACAUUGAUCAAUUACUAAAUUUGAUUGAUAAUGAACUCGGCAACUCUCGUUCUGAAGACGAAACUUGGAAUCAAGCAACAACAAGACAGCCAGCUCCUGUAGAUCCAAAACAUCAAGCUAUGCCGUUAAAUAUAAAUACAAACGCACAUUUUUCUGAAACUAAUACCGCAAGCUCGGUGCGGCCACAUCUAAUGCAACCUCAACACGCAACGACAGCAUAUAAUUAUGGCAGCAGUUCUUCGAAUGCAUCACACUAUCAAUAUCAAGGAGCGUAUACCGGACCUUAUUAUUCGUCAUAUCCUCGUGACCUAACUUCUCAAGGAUGGCCCGCUCAGGCUCCGGCUUAUCCGCCAAACUCUAAUAUAAGGCCUUUACCUAAUCCGCCUUCGAAUACAGUCUAUCCUUCUCAUAAUCAAUCUGCUCAAUAUUCUCAUAACAUGUAUCCAUAUGGAGCCCCAUACGUACCUCCGACGACAAAUGUACCAACAGCAUAUCCUGUAAUGCCCGAUUAUCAUAAAUAUAUAGAUAAGCCUGCGGGACCACAGCAUGUUCAACAUAUUGAUCAAAACAUCCAACCACGAAGGAGUCCUCAACAACCUACACAGCCCGUAUACCCACAGGAAUUGCCUUAUGACGCAUAUCCAACCGAUUAUUCACAUAAUUAUCCGCAUUCAUCUGGCCAUGCACCUAAUAUGUGGGCGUCGACUACUCCGCAAAUGACUUCAAUACAGUCCAUAAGUGUAAUACCAGAAGUCAAAAAACCACAUUCGACUAACCCCCGACCGUUUAAUCCCGCAUUAUUAUCGUGUAUAGCACUAGCAUUUCGAACUAAUAUUAAUUUGGGGACUCAUACGAAGGGUGCAUUAGAAUAUCCAGAAAGCUUUACAGGCAAAGAUGCCGUGAGCACUAUACACUCCCUUGUUCAGCAUGAAAUGUCCGAUAUUUCUCGUCAUAUUGCGUUGUCAAUGGCUCGUUCAUUGGAAGCCCAACUUUAUUUUCAUUCAGUCUACUGGGCCAAUGUUACUGUAAUUAAAGACACAGAAGAUGAAGUUUACGUAUUCCUAAACCCGGAUCCUGAAACUCCCACAACUGUCGAAUUGGAUGAAGAUUUUCCAACAGGAGUUUUUCCUAUUAUUGCAAAAUGCUAUAGUCCUCGUUGUAGUAUUGAUGGUAAAGGUUGUUAUUCUAGGACUUGUCCCAAUUAUGUUCCAGGAGUGGAUGAAAAACCGCCAGAUCCUUCUAUGAGAAGACCAGAAAGCUUGACGCCUACUGAUGUUGUGGAAACUCCG